AUGCUUCGGUUUCGCUAUCAAAUAGUCCCCUGGCUAGACUCGAAUGCCCCCAGAUCAACCUUUGGACCAAAGAUCAUGACAUUAGCAGCAGAGAAGUCUACCAUAAUGGAUAUCAUCAUAUGGGUUGCGAUGCGCCGCAGCAGGAGGAGUUCGAGCUCCACUACGCAUGAGGGCGAUACUCACCUUGUCCAACAGUUCCAGCAUCGGCUAUCUCUGGAGGAUGCUUUCAUCGCUAACAUUGGACGGUCACUACUUGCUCUUGGUAACUUCUUUUAUACUGGCCCAUCUGAGUGGGCAAAUUUGCAUUCUGAUUGUCUAGAUGUGAGAGAACGCUGUCAGUUCUUUGAGAGUCAGGAGGAGCCUCUCAAAACUCUUGAUCGCUUUCACUUCAAGACAGAGCUUGCUGCUUCUAUUAUUACCACGAAGUCCCCGUCACUACAGUCCCUACCACUAAUCAACGACACAUUCUUAACCUCUGCACUGACGCCGCCGAGCAUUUACGACGACAGUCUGACACAUCUCGCGGCAUGCUGCCACUUAAUCCAUGACGAAAUCAUCCCUCUCUUCAACGGUAUCGCACCCGCGCAAUCACCAACUCAUGAUUCUUAUUCUCUCGUUUGGUCAACAUGGUCCAAACUAUGGGCACGCUGUGUCCAAUGGUUUCGAGAUCGCCCUCCCGAUAUGAUCCCCUUACUAGAGAGUCCGGAAGUUGACCAUGCAGCCUCCACCAAUACCCCAUUUACAGCAGACGUCUAUUCAAGCGCCAUUGCGGUUCAAGCAAACCUAGCGAUUCAUUUUUCAGCCCUUUUACUACUUUCAUAUAAACCACGUUUAGUCAAAUUAUCAUCGAUACCACAUCGCUUAUCCUCACGAAGCUGGCACGCCCAAAAGCUCGCUAAACUUGCUCUGUGGAAUAACUUUUCUGAUCAAUGGGACCCUGUCGUUGUUGCAACUGUUAGGAUUGGGGAUGCGACCAAGAUUCCUCUCCAAAGUGAGAUCGCGGAUCUGCAGCAGUUUUGGUCUUCUUCUCGACAUACCAGCGCGCCGACAAAUGCGCACUCCUGA